CGUUUGGUUUCGUUAAUUCGGUAAUAUGGAAUGCAUUAAUUUUACAAGAAGCAAACAAACCGCUACACGUGCAUUGUAUUAUAUGACUCGGUUUUUAAUUCGCACGUGAGGAAUGAAUACAGAUGGCGCUUGAAUAAGUUCACAGCCGACUGACGUCACUCAGUGGGCGGAACCGAAGAACACCAGAAUGGUGACCGCUAUGUAACGUAGGAAACUAUAGUUUGGGGGGCAGGUCUUAAAAAUUGUGUAACUGAGCUAUAUAAGCAGAUAACAACUUGGACAACUUGCGCGUAUUAUGCACUCGGAACUGUUAGGAAACGACGCGGUAUCGUGUUGUUUAACACAUUUAAGUAGCCGAAUAUAUUCUGUUUUAAUACAGUGUCCGUGUCGUUUGGUAACAUUAUACCGGCAAAUUGCAACAGUAUCGAGCUAAUUCGCUUUGAGAAGUGUUGCAGCGUUAUUUGCCCAUUAAACCGCUGUCUUUAAAAUUGUGCAGUUCGGUUAUAACGGUAUUAUUAUCUAGGCACCGAAUGCUUAUUCUGCUGUAAAAAGCUGGUAAUGAUGGGUCUGGGAUCUGAGAACAAGACAGCAAGCACAUCUAGCAAAUUGGCAUUGCAGCAGCUCGGAGAGAGAAAAGAGGAGGAAGAGCUCGCCAGGACGACACCAGACAUUGCCGAAGCCACGAGGCUGUCAAAGGUCGAGCAGCAGGCAGCGGAGCCCAGAGAGACGUGGGGUCGCCGGCUGGAGUUCGUGCUCGCCACCGUCGGUUAUGCGGUUGGUUUGGGAAACGUGUGGCGGUUCCCCUACCUGUGUUAUAGGAGCGGCGGAGGUGCUUUCUUGAUUCCCUACUUGAUCAUGUUGUUUCUCUGUGGUAUCCCACUGCUGUUCAUGGAGUUCACUGUUGGUCAGUACACCCGCUUGGGCCCGGUCCACGCUCUGGCUCAAAUAUGUCCACUUUUCAAAGGUGUGGGACUCGCCACAGUGGUGAUUUCUUAUGUGCUCUGCACCUACUACAACGUGCUCAUGACCUGGGCUCUGUACUACCUGCUCCACUCAUUCAGUCCUUCAUUACCAUGGCAGUCCUGCAACAACACGUGGAACACAGUUGCCAACUGCUCCACUGGUUUUCCAGGCAAUGCUACACAUCUGCAAUCAGCCAGUCAACAGUUCUUUGAUCAUAAGGUGCUAGAAAUGACCUCUGGGAUUGAGCGUGCUGGAGGGGUUCGCUGGGAACUCUUUGGCCUUCUAGUCCUGGCCUGGGGCAUUGUUUAUUUCUGUAUCUUUAAAGGGGUCAAAUCCACCGGAAAGGUUGUGUACUUCACAGCAACGUUCCCUUAUUUCAUAUUGUUUGCAUUGCUGGUCAAUAAUGUCCAGUUGCCUGGAGCAAAAAAUGGGAUCCUCUUCUUUCUCAUGCCGAACUGGAGUAAACUGCUGGAAGUGCAGGUGUGGGUCAAUGCAGCUGCUCAGAUCUUUAACUCCAUUGGCAUCUCCUUCGGAUCCAUGAUAUCUAUGGCCAGUUACAACAAAUACAACAACAACAUCCUUAGGGACACAUUUAUUGUCUCUCUGGCUAAUUCAGCCACAAGCAUCGUGGCCGGAUUUGUUAUUUUCUCUGCCAUUGGGUACAUGGCCCACAUUCACAACCUACCUGUAGAUGAUAUUGCCACAGAUGGGCCUGGUCUGGUGUUUGUGGUGUAUCCUGAGGUGUUCUCCACCAUGCCAGUUUCUCAGCUCUGGGCUCCUCUGUUUUUCAUCAUGUUGCUGUGCCUCGGUCUGGACAGUCAGUUUGCCAUGGUGGAAGUGGCUGUGACCUUCAUCAUGGAUGGUUUUGGCAAGAAGGCUUUGAAAGUUUUUAAGAGGAAGGAACUUAUUGUUCUGGCCGUUUGUAGCUUUGGCUUUCUGCUCGGGAUUCCUCACAUUACAAGGGGUGGGAUAUAUGUGUUUCAGCUGAUGGAUCACUACACAGCUGUGGUGUCUCUAAUGUUUCUGGCCUUCUUCGAGGUGCUCGCCGUCACUCUCAUAUUUGGAGUGAAGCGGCUCAGUGUAAUGGUGGAAAACAUGCUGGGAAAGAAACCAAACCUCUUUUUCCGGAUCUGCUGGCAGUUCCUGUCACCUAUGCUUGUGCUGGGCAUUCUGAUCUCCAGUAUUGUCCAGUAUACUCCGGCUCGAUACGGUAAGUCCUACACGUACCCGCUGUGGGCAGAGGUGUUGGGCUGGUUCAUCUCUCUGGUCUCUAUCAUAUGGAUUCCUCUGGGGGCUCUUCAUGAGCUUUGGACCACCGAAGGCUCUCUGCUGCAGAGGUUGAAAAAAUCCAUAAGUCCGACUGUAGAUCUGGAGUCUGUUUCAGAGAAACCAUCUGCUGAGUCCAUUGCACUGUUUAAUGGUCCAUAGACACUAGUGUGUGUCUGUGUGUUCCUAAAAUGUUUGUUCAUAAGAAGAACAAGGAUAAUCCACUCAAACUUUUUAAAAAUAUGUUUUACUUGUGUAUUUAUGUUCUGAUUAGUACAUUUCAUUAUUGCUCGAGAGAACUCAAUGCUCAAAAUGGUCACAAAAUUACAAUAUGGCAUGAAUAUUAAUGCCAUUUUUUUAUAACUGAGUUUUUUUUUUAUAUGUAUUUAUUAUUUGAUUGUGACAGCUGGGUAAAGUAAAAAAACAGAAAAUUUAAUGUCAAACAUUCGAGAUGCUAUGCAUAUUUUUCUUCAAGUUAAGAAAUGUAAAAUAUAACAAUCUAAAGAGAGAGAAAUAUGAUUUUUGUUGCUUUUUCCUUUGUGUUUUCAUAUGUUCCGUUAAGCUUUUAAGUGAUCUCGUUUUGAGCUUGAGCUUUGCUGAAAUAUUUCCUUUUUGAUACACUGAUUUAAAGACCGACAAAACCCUAAAAUUAUGUUGAUUUAUUAUGGACAAACUUGAUUUUACAAAACAUUAUUUUAGAAUCUGAUACCACUGCUCUGUCAAACACCUGCACACACACAAAAAACAAGCUAAUUAUUUGAAAUUUUAUUAUGUUUAAUUUUAUUGUAUUCAUUUUAUUAUGUCAGGUUAUUAUGAUAGAGCAUCAUUCACAAGCUCAAAAAUGGAGAUUUUAUAAAAAUCAUGGAAAAAAGAGAGAAAAGCAAGUGUUUUCUGAUGCCUUUGUGUUCACGAUUACAUGAACUGAACAAUACUUUAACAGCUGCUUUAAACUCAUGCAGGUUUCGCCCUCUACUUUGUUACUUGAAUUGUGGCACAUAUUCUAUAUAGUGUAAACAUAUUCAGAUUGUUUAUUGAAGAAAAAAAAAACUGCACACGUUUACAAAAAAAGUAAGUAAAAGAAAAAUGGUUGUAAGUAAAAAUGUGUGUGCCCUUUUUAGCAAGCACUUUGUCACCUUAAAGGCCUAAGCAUUCUGAUAAAUAGGGGUUAUUAAAUAAACAUGUUUACUGUUUUUACCAUUUUCUUUUUUAAUAUAUACAGUUUUGCAGAUUAGUAAUUUCUUUCAAAAUGGUAAGCCAAAGUUUAUAUCAAAAUAGCUUUGAGAUUAAAAUGAGAGGAAUGCAUAUUUAAAAAUUCAAUAUUUAGUUUUAAAUGAACAAUUAGCAAAUUUAUCAGAAGACAUGUUUUACACUGAAGGAUUAAAGUUUGAGACUGUUUAGUAAGAGACAGAACAAAGCAAUACAGAUAUUGUAUAAUUAAUCAAAUGAGAAAACAUUCCCAGCAAGAAUUUUUAGUUUUUAAAAGAUGUCUAAUAGAUGUCUAAUAGACGUCUAAACAUAGUCGUCUUGGCUAAAACAAGGCUAAAUUUGGGCUGUCAGUUAAAAUCUAAUAGACGUCUAAGAAUAGGCCAAAACUAGUCAUCAAAUAAACAGAAAUGAAAGACUACAAAUAUAAAGUCUGUCUAAUCUAUCUAUUUGAUGACUAGUCUAGUUUUGGCCUAUUCUUAGAUGUCUAUUAGAUUUUCACUGACAGCCCAAGUUUAUCCUUGUUUUAGCCAAGCUGUCUGUUUAGAUUUCUAUUAGACGUCUAUUUAACACAAAAUUGUUUGCUGGGUUAUUACUGCUGUCAUUUCUUAAUGCUUACGAUAUGCACAUGUCAUAUUUUUGUGUGUGUUAUGUGUUAAACCUAGUUUUGUUUUGUUAAAACCAAAAAUAUCUGAGUAGGAUAAUCAUUCAUAAUCACUGUUGUUUUCUAUUUUGUCCUGGAUUGUGUAUGAUGAUGAGGUUUUUUUAAAAAGUUUUUUUUUAUAUAUAUAUAUUUAAACAUUUUCAUUUUUUGUCUUAUGACUGUCAGUUUUAUAUGCAAGCUGUCUUAUUAAAAUAAAAGGCAUUGUUUUGUUGUCA